GAGACGCGCUGCCGGGCUGGACUGCCCGGGGGACAUGCCUUCUCGCCAGGAGGACGCCUCUGGGAAGACCACUGCCGGGGAAGCAAAGUUUCAGGGCAGCUGAGGAGCCUUCGCCGCAGCCCUUCCGAGCCCAAUCACCUCCCUGGCUAUGGAGGGCGGACUCUAAAAUGAAUCCCGACCUGGACACCGGCCACAACACAUCAGCACCUGCCCGCUGGGGAGAGUUGAAAAAUGCCAACUUCAGUGGCCCCAACCAGACCUCGAGCAACUCCACACUGCCCCAGCUGGACAUCACCAGGGCCAUCUCUGUGGGCCUGGUGCUGGGCGCCUUCAUCCUCUUUGCCAUCGUGGGCAACAUCCUAGUCAUCUUGUCUGUGGCCUGCAACCGGCACCUGCGGACGCCCACCAACUACUUCAUCGUCAACCUGGCCAUUGCCGACCUGCUGUUGAGCUUCACUGUCCUGCCCUUCUCGGCUACCCUGGAGGUGCUCGGCUACUGGGUGCUGGGGCGCAUCUUCUGUGACAUCUGGGCGGCCGUGGACGUCCUGUGCUGCACGGCCUCCAUUCUCAGUCUGUGCGCCAUCUCCAUCGAUCGCUACAUUGGGGUACGCUACUCUCUACAGUACCCCGCUCUGGUCACCCGGAGGAAGGCCAUCUUGGCGCUCCUCAGUGUCUGGGUGUUGUCCACGGUCAUCUCCAUUGGGCCUCUUCUUGGCUGGAAGGAGCCGGCGCCCAACGACGACAAGGAAUGCGGGGUCACCGAAGAACCCUUCUAUGCCCUCUUCUCCUCCCUGGGCUCCUUCUACAUCCCUCUGGCGGUCAUCCUGGUCAUGUACUGCCGUGUCUACAUCGUGGCCAAAAGGACCACCAAGAACCUGGAGGCGGGAGUCAUGAAGGAGAUGUCCAACUCCAAGGAGCUGACCCUGAGGAUCCACUCCAAGAACUUUCACGAGGAUACCCUCAGCAGUACUAAGGCCAAGGGCCACAACCCCAGGAGUUCCAUAGCUGUCAAACUUUUUAAGUUCUCCAGGGAAAAGAAAGCAGCCAAGACCUUGGGCAUUGUGGUCGGCAUGUUCAUCUUGUGUUGGCUUCCCUUCUUCAUCGCUCUCCCUCUUGGCUCCCUGUUCUCCACCCUGAAGCCCCCCGACGCCGUGUUCAAGGUGGUGUUCUGGCUGGGCUACUUCAACAGCUGCCUCAACCCCAUCAUCUACCCGUGCUCCAGCAAGGAGUUCAAGCGCGCCUUCGUGCGCAUCCUCGGGUGCCAGUGCCGCGGCCGCCGCCGCCGCCGUCGCCGUCGCCGCCUGGGCGGCUGCGCCUACACCUACCGGCCGUGGACGCGCGGCGGCUCGCUGGAGCGCUCGCAGUCGCGCAAGGACUCGCUGGACGACAGCGGCAGCUGCCUGAGCGGCAGCCAGCGGACCCUACCCUCGGCGUCGCCGAGCCCGGGCUACCUGGGCCGCGGCGCGCCACCGGCCGUCGAGCUGUACGCCUUCCCCGAGUGGAAGGCGCCCGGCGCCCUCCUGAGCCUGCCCGAGCCGCCCGGCCGCCGCGGCCGCCAAGACUCGGGCCCGCUCUUCACCUUCAAGCUGCUGGCGGAGCCCGAGAGCCCCGGGACCGACGGGGACGCCAUCGGGGGCUGCGAGGCCGAGGCCGACGUGGCCAACGGGCAGCCGGGCUUCAAAAGCAACAUGCCCCUGGCGCCCGGGCAGUUCUAGGCCCCGGCACAGCUUCCUUUCCCGGGGAGGAGCCACCGUGGGGGGAGGGCGGGCGGAGGGCGGGAGGGGAGUGUCAGCGCCGGGGGACAGGGCCCGAGGGAGCGGGGGAGGGGGGCGGGAGAGGGGCAGCUGCUUUUCUGGCAGGGGCAUGGGUGCCAGGUACAGCGCCACGAGCUGGGCCGAGCAUGCUGAGAGCCUGGGGGACCCGACGCCGGCCGGGAUUUACGUCUCUCUCUCUCUCUCUCUCUCUCUUCUCUCUGUAUAUAUAUAAACGAGUCUCUCUCUUCAUGUAUUUAACUGUGGGUACACGUGCGUGUGUCUGUGCGGUGUACGUGUGGUCUGCAUGUGUGCGUGUGUUGGGGGCCCGCCCUCGCGGGCAGAGCGGGUGUGCGCCCCGGAGACAGCCAGCCAGGGUGCUGUUUGUCUCGUGACUUCGUACCUCUUAAGCCCCUCCUUGUUCUUCACUGAAUGAUGGCACUUUGAUGGGGUUGGAAACAAAGUCAGACAUUAAAGAUCAUUUCUCCUG